AUGACGACCAUUCAUGCGGAGUCCCCCGAGGACUUUGAGUUCAUCCAGACCCCGGCUGCUGAGCAGCAGUCUAAGCCCGCCUUCGACUGCGGUGUGCGGACUACCCUGUACCCGGCCAUCAAGAAUGCCCCUGUCCCCGCCGACUCGCCCGGCAGCGACAGCUUCUCCAAUGGCUUGAUGAUCUUUCUGCUCAUCGUGGUGCCCUGGUACCUGGCCCGCCAGGUCGGCGGAGGGUUCUACACGACCAUCUUCUUUGCCGUAUUCACCACGAUCCCCGUGCUGAUGGCGUUCUGGACCGUGUCCUCUUCUGUUUCCCCGCGUAAGACCGAGAAGGCCAAGUAUGCCGGCCGCCCGGUCGAGCAUUACCUGCAAUUCCACAGCGAGCAUGACCGUGCCACCUACCGCGGCAAGAGCAAGAUUCCCAUGGAAGUGUUCUAUGAGAAGUACUUCAACGGCGAGGUUGACUUCAAGGGUGAUGCUCUGGAGUGCCUCGAGUACCGUCACGACUGGGCCAACUUCAAGUUUACCAUGGGUCUCUUCAAGCACUUCCUGUUUGGCUUCAUCCCCGAGCUGCUGAUGCACACUCGUUCUCAGGACGAGGAGCAGGUCCGUGACCACUACGACCGCGGCGACGACUUCUACGCCUGGUUCCUGGGCCCGCGCAUGAUCUAUACUUCGGGUAUCAUCGGUGAUGUUAACAAGGAAGAGUCGCUGGAGCAGCUCCAGGACAACAAGCUGGCCGUGGUCUGCGAGAAGAUUGGCAUCCAGAACGGUGACAAGAUCCUUGAUCUGGGCUGCGGCUGGGGCACGCUCGCCAAGUACGCUUCGGUCCACUACGGCGCCCAGGUUACCGGUAUCACUCUCGGCCGUAACCAGACCGCUUGGGGUAACAACGGCCUCCGCAAGGCUGGCAUCGAGGAAUCGCAGAGCCGCGUUUUGUGUAUGGACUACCGCGAUGCCCCUCGGGUCGACGGCGGCUACCAGAAGAUCACCUGUCUCGAGAUGGCUGAGCACGUGGGUGUCCGCCACUUCUCCUCUUUCCUGUCUCAGGUCUAUGACAUGCUGGACGACGACGGUGUCUUCUUCCUGCAGAUCGCCGGUCUCCGUAAGUCUUGGCAGUACGAGGACCUCAUCUGGGGUUUGUUCAUGAACAAGUACAUCUUCCCUGGUGCCGACGCCAGUACCCCGCUUGGCUUCGUCGUGGACCGCCUGGAGGGUGCUGGUUUUGAGAUCAAGGCCGUCGACACCAUCGGUGUCCACUACUCGGCCACUCUCUGGCGCUGGUACCGUAACUGGAUGGGCAACCGCGAGAAGGUCGAGGCCAAGUACGGCAAGCGCUGGUUCCGCAUCUGGGAAUACUUCCUUGCUGCUUCGACCAUCACCUCCCGCCAGGGUGGUGCCACCUGCUGGCAGCUCACCCUCGUCAAGAACAUCAACUCCACCCACCGUGUCGAGGGCAUCAGCACCCAGUACGGCAUCAACGGCGCCCGCCAGGCCGCCAUCGAGCGCGCCGGUGCUCUGCCCAGCGCCCACGUCGUCAAGAAGGACCUGUAA